ACUGCCAGCCCACCUCAGCACAACAACACAGUAACCACUGGACACUGCAAAGAUGACAAACUUCGAUGAGAUCCUGGUGGAGGCCGGGGAGUUUGGGAGGUUUCAGAAGCGUGUCUUUGGGUUGUUUUGCCUGGUGUCCAUGCCGUGGGCUUGCGUCUACGUGGGAAUCGUUUUUCAAGGCUUCACACCCGAACACUGGUGUCGGAACCCAGCGGUGGAAGAUCUGCGGGGUAAAUGUGGCUGGACUCUGGAAGAGGAGAGGAAGUACACAGUUCCUCUAAUUAACACAACGACUGGUCCAGCAUACAGUCAGUGCCAGAGGUAUGAUGUAGACUGGAACAGCACCAUUAGCUGUGGCAGUCCUCAGCCAAAUUUCACCUUCAACCAUGGAAACCAUGUACUGCUGACUACCUGCCAAGAUGGCUGGGUAUUUGACUAUAAACAGAGGAGCUCCUUUGUUACUGAGUUUAAUCUGGUGUGUUCUGAUGCCUGGAUGGUGGAUCUCUUCCAGUCAAUACUCAAUCUUGGCUUUCUGGUGGGAACGAUAGUCAUGGGUUAUGUAGCAGACAGGUAUGGCCGAAAGCUAUGUUUUCUAGCGUCGACACUGGCAAAUGCAAUUACUGGGAUACUUGUGGCUAUCUCGCCCAAUUACAUCGCUCUGGUCAUAUUCCGGGGUCUGUUUGGACUUCCCAUAAAAGGUGGCUGGGUGACAGGCUAUGUGCUCCUCACAGAAUUGGUUGGAGUAGACUACAGGAGGACAGUAGGAGUCAUCUACCAGAUGUUCUUCAGUGUUGGAAUUCUCAUUCUGCCACUCAUUGCUUACCUCAUUCCAAACUGGCGUUGGCUACAAGUGGCCAUCACUGUCCCCUAUUUCUUCUUCUUGCUCUACUACUGGUGGAUUCCAGAGUCUCCAAGGUGGCUUCUGUCCCAAAAUAGGACUAGCGAAGCUGUGGCACUUGCUAAAGAAAUCUCUAAAGUGAACGGGAAAACACUGUCCAAAAAAGUGGAGACUCUUACAGAUGACAAUGAAGAGCUUUUAAGCCCAUCUUUUCUUGACUUAGUCAGAACUCCCAAGAUGAGAAAACACACUUUCAUUUUAAUGUUUAAUUGGUUCACAAGCGCUGUUGUUUACCAAGGCCUCAUAAUGCGUCUCGGAAUCCUGGGGGGAAAUGUCUACAUAGACUUCCUUAUCUCUGGAGUUGUCGAGUUUCCAGCUGCUUUUCUCAUUAUAGUGACCAUUGAACGGAUGGGAAGACGCAUUCCUUUCACACUUUCUAAUGUAGUUUCGGGGGCUGCUUGUUUAAUAGCUGCUGUUAUACCAGAAUAUGCAUACUGGGUUAAAACUGUGAUCGCCUGUAUUGGCAGACUGGGUAUUACCAUGGCUUUUGAGAUGGUUUGUUUUGUGAACGCUGAAUUGUACCCUACAUUUGUGAGGAAUCUUGCGGUUUCUGUGUGCUCUACCUUUUGUGAUAUUGGAGGGAUUGUUUGCCCAUUCCUUCUCUAUAGGCUAGCAGUUAUAUGGCUGGAGCUACCGCUGGUUGUUUUUGGAAUUCUUGCCUUCAUUGCUGGGGGACUGGUCCUUUUGUUGCCUGAAACCAAAGGUAUGCCAUUGCCAGAGACGAUUGACGAUAUUGAAAACCCUAAAAGGACUAAAGAAACAAAAAAUCACCAGCUUGUCACAUUGUUGCCUUCAGAUGUCACAACUAAUAAAGACUGCACUUCUGUUUGACCUUGGGGCAUCAGUUGUAUUUAAUGAUUGUUUAAUAGUGGUAAAUUAUGGCAAGCCAAAUCAUCAUUUAAAGAUAUCUUCAAAUGUAUAAAUAUGUCACAAUCUUUAAGAUAUACAAAAGUGUAGAUUGCUUCAUAUUGUUAGGGCUUUUCAAUGCAGUUGCCUGACAUGAUUCGCACUAGCCUUAUCAUUGAAAUAGCCAACCAUGGUCUUUGUUUUCACUGAGAGAAUAACAUGUUCACACAAGAGAAGAUUCAGUGGCACUCAUUUUAAAAAAAACGUUCUUAAUGUUGGGAUCGUUAAAAACGGAGGUUCGUUAUAAGAAGUGUUCAUUAUAGUGCAUAUUAUAUAGUGAUAUCUUGUAACGUUUGUAACUCGCCCUGGAUAAGGGUGUCUGCUAAUAAAUAAAUAAAUAAAUAAAUAAUAAUAAUGAAAUUAGCCUGUAUCUCUAAUUUACAGAUAUCUUAAUUUUAAUGUUUUCAUUUUGACAGUGUGUCACGUUUUAUACUGAAAACUUAUCAUGAUUCUUUGAUCUGUAUUUUUGUUCACAUUUUCUGUGAUUUUGUUUGAUAUCUGUGUUUAAAAUAUUUGAUUAAAUUUGAGUGUUGCGUUUCUUUUGUGCAUCAGUAUAUUUUUAAACACAAUUGAGAGUGCUUUUUUGUAUCCACAUGCCCUGAUGUGUGUAGCAAGAAAUGGGACUUCUGUUUUCCACAGUUCUUUUGGUGGUUAUCUUUAGGUACUUUGUUCUUUUUUACAGAUGACCCAAAAAAAAAAAAUCUGUAUUUAUUCAGGCAUUUAUUUUUAAUACCAUCAGAAAAGUGACCGGUUAUUUCUGGUGUUGCCAAAAAGUAAUCAUCGGUAAAUGUGGCGUGUUGCGGUAUGGAGAAACUUGCCCAAAUAAAAUAACAGAUGGGAAACACAGUGCUAGCUGCUCCUCUUUUGCAAUAACAGCGGUCUGUUGUGACCAAAUAUUAAAACAUUUAUGACAGUGUUUGUUAAAAGUACAUGUGCUCUU